AUGGGGAAUUCCCUAGGAAUCGAAUGGCCAUUAACUUUAACUCGUCAUCUAAACCGAUUAAUUCAUCAUCUCAACCGUUCGUCUGAACAAGUUUUUAAGCUGGAAACAACUAUAGACAAAGAAGAGUGUAUGAUCUGCUUGGAAGACCUUGUCUUUGGGGACAUUGUCCGACAGUUGCCAUGCCAGCAUGUCUUUCAUUCAGAAUGCAUAGAAAAGUGGCUAGUGAUAUCCCGCACCUGCCCCUGCUGCAGGAGAAAACCAGGCUUUUGUGAUGUAGGCCUUCAUUUACUAUAUAUUGCCAAAGAAACUCCCAGAGCUCAGUUGCUCAAGAGCAAUAGUGCGAUUCAGAUGAUGGAGAAUCUUCUCUUAUCACUGAAAAGCGUUGCUAUACCAUGGCUGAGCCCUGAACUCGCCACCUUUGCAAUGGAUAUGAUCCUUGCCAUUGUGGGUGGCGUGGGGCUCUACCUCCUGCUACUGCUACUCCCCUGCUUCAAGGAAAAUCCAUCCUCACCAACACCUGAGAGAAAGAACAAACUGAUGAAGUAUCCUGUGGAGAAAAGAGGCCAGAUCAAGUGCAAGAAGAAACGUGCUGCUCUGAAAGGGAAUGGAAUUGUCUUGGGGUUGAGAGAGACUUCAGGUUGGCCUGGGAUGUGGCUGAAGCCACAGGAUGUAGAAAACGCCCUAGGGAAACUCGAUGACACUGGAAGCUUUCAGCGUUUCUUAAAAGGAGAUGCCUUAGGUGAAGUUUUCAACUCAGAAUCUGCUACAGCCCUCCCGUCAGCGAGGGACUCUGAGGAGGACACUUUCUCCAGCACUGUGUCCCUGAAGGCUUCCCCAUCUCCUUCACCCCAGGGCUUGCAGCCUCUGGCCUCUACCUUGUCACCAGUCCACACGGGUUCCUCAGUUUCUGUUGAGUCACACUCAUCCCAGAGUGUGUCUCAGCCUCCGGAGCCGUCGAUUGCUCUAGGAGAAGGAUCUUUUCCCUGUUCUCAUUUUCCUCCACCUGUGGCCUGCACUCCACCCAGGCACGACUCACACUUGGGUCUUCCCCCAUGUGACAUCAGGGAAGUCCCACCAGAAACCACCCCACAGAGCUCUCCAACCAACAGCUCUCGGGUGCCUUCUCCUAUCCCAGCCCUCAACUCUGAUCUCCUGGAUUUUCCAGACAGAGUGAAUAGUAAGAGAGCAAAGCUGAAAUCAGCUUGUCAGGAAAAAGAACACCCUCUGGAUUCUCGGGGGAACAUGAUGAAGUCACUAGGCAGUGCACAAGACACUGCCAUCCCUCAGCCCCUCUGGAACACCGAGGGAAAACCACAGCAGCUUCCUGAUUCUCAGGAGCUGUUUUUCCCCAUGGUCUUGCAGAAAUGCUGCCAACUGUUCUGGGGCCUUCCCUUCCUGCACAGCGAGUCCCUGGUGGCUCCUGUCCAAAUGUCUAGUCAUCCACUAGACUUACCCUUUGUUUUAUUCAAUAGUUUCUUGCACUUAGUGCCGGUACAAGUCCAAGCUAAAGUACUUCCACCGUACUUUCUACAGCAGCCCUUACUGCACCAUUUGGUCAAAUCACAACCCUUCACUCCAACCGUAUCCUGGCCUCAGCCUUCCGCAGUGGCUGAGAUCCAGGCCUAUGCCCAUGGCAUGUUCUCUACACCAAACUUAUCCUGUCCAUCACCUCCAGUGAGGUCCUGUACUAUCCCACCUGUUAUUCAACAGCUAGAACAUCAUCUCGAGAAGAAACACCUGGAAUGUCGUAGAAUUUUAUCUUCUGUGGUUGAAGAGUCUCACAAAACCUUUAGUCAAGAUCAGGGCCCCUGUAACCAGAGAGGCUUUAGCAACCAAUCCAGUGAUUUGAUAAGCCUUGAGAUAAGGAAAAAGCUGGAACAUCACUUCCAACAGAGAGUCCUACAGCACCUAUGUAAAACAAAUGACAAGAUCCAGCUGUCCCCUAAGAAUUUCACAGGGACAGGGCAGACAGACCACAAAUAUGAGUCUUUACAGAACUCUACAUCCAUAGAUUAUUGCUACCGCAAUAUUCAGAAAACAACCUCAGAAUGCCCAGUAUCCCAGGGAUGGGAGAACUCUAGAAAUGAUCGUCAACACUCUGUGAGCAGAGUAGUGAGAGCUCUAGACAGGGAUGCAGAAAGCUGCUCAGUGGAUUUUAUAAAGGCCAAAACACAGAGCAAAAUAGAAAGUGACUUGAUGAGACCAAGUAGUGACUCAGGAUAUUUUUCCCCAACUCAUUCAAAUAAGAACUGUCUAGGAGCAACCUCAAUAGCCCAUCUCAUCACUAAAUGGGAGCAGAUCAGCAGGGACAAGGUCCCUAUGCAUGUUAAUCAUUCCCGGGGCAUGAAAGGUCAUGCCUUGGCCCCCCUUGAAAACUCCAACUCUAGCAAGAACACUGGCAGAGAACUUCCCUUGGAGAAUAGGGAAACCUGCAAGAGCUCCUCCCAGGAGGUUUCUCACAUUGAUGCUGCCACUCGACAGCUGCUAGAUGUGCAUAUCAAGAAACUUUGGGUAAAGCACCAGUGGGGCUUGUGCCUAAAGGUUCUCAAACCUAUAAAAUUCCUUACUCUGAAAAAGGCUCCCCGUGUACCAACUUCACAGGGAGCUUCACCCUACAUGGCCUGUAGUAACAUCAAGGCCUAUCAUACAGUGAAGGAGGGUGCAUGCCAGAGAGAAGCCCUUCCCAAAGAAAAGAGCAAAAAGAGAGAAAAAAGUGAAGGCCAUGCCUUACAACCUUCUCAACCACUUUCACCACCUGAAACCCCAAGGGGAAUACAGUAUAAUCAUAUCCGUGGUCCCUUGGACGCGUCUCCUACUGGAGAGGAAGGUAGACUGCUUUCUGAGACUCAAUCUUGUAUCCUAGUAGGACGAAACUGGCACCAUAACAUUGUGCCAGGAUCAGAGGAAAGCAGUUUAGAAUUAACUAAAAGCCCAGAAAUGGGCAUGUUUGCAAAACAUGAGAAAGAAAACCUCUGCCACAGUGUAACCAUCCGAGAGGUCUUUGUUCCACCCAAAUCUGUGUACACAGAUCAUGUCAGGGAAAUGGCAGAGGAUGAAGAGGAACAGCCCACUAUCGAUUUCAAUAACUUGAACCUCAGAAAUUUAGAACUGAGGACCACUGAAACACCAUUACCCUCCAGAAUUUCAAUUUCCAACUACCCACUUGAUUCAUGCCUUAAAGAUCACCCAGGGUCAUCCAGUACAAGCGAAAGCACCCCUUUUGAUGAUAUCCUGCAGGACUGCAAUGCUGACCCAUUCCUGCAAGGUGGUGCCCCCGAGAUGCUGAUUGCUGACGACAUGUUUGCUUCUCAGAGCUCUCUAACUAGCUCAGAGAACCUUUCUGGAAGCAGCACAUCCACUUUCUAUGAGCGACGCUCUCCCUUGCCAAAAGGAGAGCAAAUCACAAAGCAAGAACCUAAGACAUCUAAACUCCAGCAGCCAUGGUACAGCAAAAUGUUUCAUGGGCAUAAUGAGACACAGAGCUGUGAGAGGCUCAAAGCUCCAACACAGAAGGCAAAGCCAGCAGGAAUGAGGCCCUCACAAGGCUGGAAGCUGAACUCUCCUGCCCAGGUCAGGAAAAUAAGAACUGUGAAGAACUCCAGCCUACCUGUGUCAGAGAAAGCACAGCAUCCCCCAGAGAGUGAGUUCGGAAACCGAAUAAAGAAGUUUUUAAUGUAUAUUUUUCUUACAAAAGAGAGCCAGGCAGACUUAUUGCCAAAUUCAAAAAUCCAGUCAGCCAAUAGCAAAAACCAAGACUUAACGACAAGCAGAAUCCAAGACAGUGGAGGGCCUGAAGCCCAGACACUCAAGAAUACCAUUGGAAAAAUCCUAGAAGAAGAAAUUCAUCUUGGGCAUUCUGCCUACAACAAAACUUUCCACAAAGAAUUUCAAGCCCUCACAGAUAGACAUUCCCACUCCCACAUGGCUCCUCCUUACCAAGAAGGCGGCCAAAUGAAGACCAGCAGGUUUCCACAAAAUGAGAGACAAAAUUGUGAUACUUGUUUUGUGGGGAUGGCUGAUUUCACCCAACAUGAACAUGUCCAGGUCUAUGCAUUUUUUAAUGAAGAGGGACAGAGGACAGCACUAUGGGAGGCAGACAUGAAAAUAAUUGAAUUUCACAAUACAGAAUACAGCCAAGGGAAAUGUGGCUUCACCUUGUCGAUGAAUGCCUUGGGAUUCAUGACCACCAAGGAAUUCAAACAGGAAAGGUGUAGUUCUUGUUGGGCUUUUAACACAAUUGGUACACCAGAAGGACAAAAGUUCCAGAAAACUGCUGAUUCCCCCAAUGAGAAGAACCUGUUGAACUGUUCUGGUCCUCAACACAUGGGCUGCAGGAGUGGCCAAAUAGAUAUUUCUUUCCAAUAUGUCAAGGAAAAUGGAGGCAUGAUUCAGAGGACCUCUACCCAUAGGACAAUCCUACCCACAGGGUAA